AAAAAAAUGAAUUUACUUCUUUAAGAGACAUAAACAUUUAUCUGUUUUUGUAAUGAAGUGAUUUCAUUAAAUCAACAGAGCAUGAAAGAUCACAUUCUAAAAUGCUAAUUAUAUAGGCAAUCAUCGCCCUUUUUCUAAAGAUUUGAACAACUUUAAGUUGAAAGAAUGCAAAAAUAACAUUUGAUUGCAUUAAAGAGUGAGUUUUUAAUUUUCAUCGAAAGAGUAGAUGCUUUACUAAAUCCAAGUGACAAUAGACUUUACAACUCAACAUUUAUAAGACCUGCAAAUAAUAAUAUUAGGGUGCUUCAAUAAUAUUCAUCGUCAUUUCCAUAAUAGUUUUCAUAAACAAGUUUUAAUCAAUUUAAUUAACCUAUCUAAUAAUAAUAAGGAUAAAUGGAUGAUGUUUUUGCAACUUAUAAAUAAUUACAAAAAUAUGAAAAAUGCGAAGUUUGUGCAAAAUAAGUUGAAGCAGAUAUUAUAACAUAUUUUGAACAUUGUUUUUAACCAAUCUGUAGACCUUGUUUAAUGAAAUAAAUAGAAAAAGAUUCUAAAUCAAAUACCAUAUUUUAAUGUCCAAAUCUAAUUUGUAAAAAAUAAAUGACUGAAUAAGAAUUAAUAGUAAUAAUAAUUAAUAGUUUAGUAAUUACUUGGGAGAGAAAAACAUGAUUAAUAUUCUUAAAUAAUGUUAGAAAGGUAAUAUGAUAUUGUAAAAUGUUCUGCUUGUUCUUUAAAAGGUGCUUUUGAGAAGGGAAGUUCGAUAACAAUAUUGAAAGAUCCUAACACUAAUUAAUAAUUACAAUAGUAUAUAAACAAUAUCCUAAAUUAGAAAAUAUGUGGAACAUUAUUUAAAUAAUAGAUUCAUGUGUUUUGAUUCAAAAUGUAAAACAGAAUAAUGCAAAGGUUGUAAAGCAAUUCCAUAUCAUCUUGGUUUAACAUGUGAUGAAUAUAAAAUAAAAAAAUCAUCAAAGUGAAUAUGAUAUUAAAUAUUAUUUAGGUGUUGUAGAUAUUGUGAUUAGCCAAUUCAUAAUGCUUAAUUAUAAGUUCCAGAAGCCUUACGUGAUAUUUGUUAAGAAAAAGAAUGUCAAGAAAAAGCUUAAUUUGCUUGCAAUAAAUUAUUAAGAUGUGGACAUUCUUGUCCAGGAUUUAAAAAUGAAUAGAUAUGUCCAAAAUGUUUAGAUGAAAAAUGUUGUUAAGGUGAAUAAAAAGGAGAUGAUUAUUGUAAUAUUUGUUUUGUUGAGGGUUUAAAGAAUGCACCUAUAAUUUAAUCAACUUGUGGACAUGUAUUUAAUAUAUUAAGAAUAGAUUUUCCAUUAUAGUUGUAUUCUUAAAAGAUUAGAUAUAAAAUGGAAUGGACCAAGAAUAGUUUUUAAGUUUUGUUUCUGUCCUUUAUGUAAUUCAUGGUUAUAAUUCUAACCAUGUUAACCAUAAAAUCUUAUAAAUAAAUACUUAGAACUUUUCUAAGAUGUUAAGAAGAAAUCACUCGAUAGAUUAAAAUAUGAAAAUAGAGAUAAAGAUGAGAAAGUAAGUAAAGUAGGAGAAUUGUUUUAUGGAAAACCUUAAGAAUAUGCUAUGGCAAUAUAUUGUUAUUAUUAAUGUUUUAAAUGCUAAUUACCUUAUUUUGGAGGUGCUAAAGAUUGUUAAAGAGCUUUAGAAGAAGGAGAUAAAUAAUAUAAACCAUAAGAAUUGAUUUGUGCUAAUUGUUGUGAAGUCCCAAUUGGAGAAACAUGUUAAGUUCAUGGAAAAGAUUAUAUUGAAUUUAAAUGUAAAUUCUGUUGUUAAAUUGCUGUAUGGUUUUGUUGGUAUAUAUUUAUAAUAUUCUUUAAGGGGUACAACACAUUUUUGUGAAGAUUGUCAUAAAAGAUAAUGUAAUGGAGAUUAUGUAUCUAAAAUCCCUAAAGAGAAUCUUCCUAAAUGUCCUGGUAAGGAUAAAUGUCCUAUUAAAAUGGAUCAUAAACCAAAUGGUGAAGAAUAAGCUCUAGGAUGUGGUAUUUAUUAUUAUUCAAUUAUUAGCUAUUUGUAGGAAUCAAAAAGCCAAUUCAUAAAAUUUCUGAAUGAAAUUAUACCUAUC